GACUCUCUGCCCAUCGGCCUCAGAGUCAGUGCUGGCUGUGCCGAGGUGCCCAGAUGGGGCUGCCCCGGGCAGGGCUAUGGCUGAAGAGGCUCUGGGUUUUCUUGCAGUUGACUGUGCAGGUGGCUGUGGGCAAAGUGCUACUGACACUGUUUCCAGAGAGAGUCAAGCAGCACAUCCUGGCCCUGGGUCAGAAGACGGGCAUAGCCAGGAACCCCAACUUCGCUCACGACAACUGGAUCCCAACCUUCUUCAGUACCCAGUAUUUCUGGUUCGUCCUGAAGGUCUAUUGGCAGCGACUGGAGGACACGACUGAGCCAGGGGGUCUGGCCCCAAACGGCCCGGUGGUCCACCUCUCAGGACAGAGGUGUGACAUUUGGGACUUCAUGCAAGGUGACCGACCACUGGUGCUGAAUUUUGGAAGUUGCACCUGACCUUCAUUUCUUUUUAAAUUCGACCAAUUCAAGAGACUUAUCGAAGACUUUAGUUCUAUAGCAGAUUUUCUCAUCAUUUACAUUGAGGAAGCACAUGCAUCAGAUGGCUGGGCUUUUAAGAACAACGUGAACAUCAGAAAUCACCGGAACCUCCAAGACCGUCUGCAAGCGGCCCACCUGCUGCUGGACAGGAGCCCCCAGUGCCCCGUGGUGGUGGACACGAUGCAGAACCAGAGCAGUCAGCUCUACGCGGCCCUGCCCGAGAGGCUCUAUGUACUGCAGGAGGGCAGGAUCCUCUACAAGGGUAAACCUGGCCCUUGGAACUACGAUCCAGAGGAGGUGCGUGCUGUUCUGGAAAAGCUCCGCAGUUAAUCUAGGCAGAUCCCCACUUCCAGGAGACCAACAUGAGGGCUCCUCCCGGCUUGGCUCUCCGUACAACCCAGUGAGCUUCCACCUUUGACCUGUGACUCCAGCUGAAUCACUAACUCAGACUUUUUCUGAUCUAAGCAAACAACACCCAGCUAGGGAUUCUCAUCAGGACAAAUUGUCACCAUCAGAAAGUGAAGCAACACUUGAGCUGCCAGGCAAGUGAACUUUAAAAAACGUACAGCUUCACGCUGCGCUGCCCGCACUGCAGAGGCCUCGCUCAUCGCCCAGCGUCUUCAAGGAGAGCGCAGGCGCACUCCACAGGCAUGCUUACGAGCUCUGGUACCUCCCGCCACUCUGAGACCAAGUAGUUAUUAUGAUGUCCCUUCUAGUAAGAAAAUUCAUUUGACCAAAAUUGUCAUUUAUGGUAUUGAUCAAUUUAAGAUACUACACUGGUUUUUAGACCCAAGCAUGGGAAGAAUUCCGGUUGUUAAAGAUGGAUGAGGAAUUGGAAGAGAAAAGAGACGCAAUGGGAGGAGACAAUAAUCCUUUCCUUGCCAAAAGAUUGAAACCAGUUGGUUGUGGUCGUGGUGAUGGGGGAGUGUUCAUGGUAACACACUUCUAAUGCCACCAGGGAAGAGGAGAGUACUCUCCACCAUCUUUAAAUACAUUUGGUAGAAAUCUGGCUCUUCUAGAAGUUUCCACAAUCUUCACUUAGCGACACAAUCACCUAGAAGGGGGGACAGGCUUCCCCAAAGCAUUAUCGUUGUGGUCAAGCCAGACAAUGGGUACCAGCGAAACCGUCAUUCCGUCAUGCAGAUGCAUACGUCUGAAACUCUGUUUCUCUAAUUUCUUUGCUAGUCUCUUAAUGGUCAUUCGUGUUAGGCUACAUCAGACUAAUGGAUAGUCGUUGCUGGUCCUCUGUUUUAACUCUGCUUCUUUUCAUAUUUGUUUAUGACGGCCACAGCCUAAAGUUCACACAGCUGUGACUUGAUGUGAAAGAAAAUGUUUUAAGAUGCAGCAAGCUAAUACAGAAAGAUUAAAACAUAGUAGGCUAUGUUG